ACUUCCGGUAUUGCUUCUUCUCCUACAGGAAGCACGUGUAUCAGAGGACAGCUAUGACGUCUCUUUCGUGCGCCAGGAACAUGCUGGGCUACUGAAGCGCUUACGGUUCUAGAAGAGUUCGGAUUACCGGCGGGUAAUAUGAAUCAUCAUGGCCACAAACAGCCCCCGGCUAAAAAGUUUAAGCCGGGCUCCCCUCCGGUCAAACCCAAAAUGCAGGCGGCGAUUCAUUGUGGCCCUAAGAAAAUGACGGUGGAGGAACAGCGCCGGAGUCUCCCUAUCUACCUGGCCCGGUCUCAGAUCAUUGCGCAGCUUCGGAAGCUGGACAGUGUAGUGAUCAUAGGAGAGACAGGGUCAGGAAAGACAACUCAGAUUCCACAGUACCUCUAUGAAGCCAGCAUAGGACGUCAGAGUAUAAUCGCUGUGACUCAACCCCGCAGGGUGGCUGCCAUAUCGCUUGCAACUAGAGUAUCAGAGGAAAGGAGAACAGAACUAAGUAAACUGGUAGGCUAUACUGUACGUUUUGAGGAUGUCACAUCAGAAGAGACAAAGAUUAAAUUCUUAACUGAUGGAAUGUUGCUUCGUGAGGCAAUUGGAGACCCACUUCUUCGCAAAUACAGUGUAGUUAUCCUGGAUGAAGCUCAUGAAAGGACCAUUCACACUGAUGUCUUGUUUGGGGUAGUUAAAUCUGCACAGAAGAAGCGGAAGGAGCAAGAAAAGCAGCCUCUGAAGAUUAUUAUAAUGUCUGCCACAAUGGAUGUUGAUCUGUUCUCAGAGUACUUCAAUGGGGCCCCAGUUUUAUACUUGGAGGGAAGACAGCAUCCUAUUCAGAUCUUCUACACAAAAGAGUCUCAAAGCGAUUACCUCCAAGCAGCCCUGGUCACAGUUUUCCAGGUCCACCAGGAAGUUCCGGCCUCUCAUGACAUCUUAGUUUUCCUCACUGGUCAGGAAGAAAUUGAAGCAAUGACCAAAACAUGUCGUGAUAUAUCCAAGCACCUACCAGAUGACUGCCCUAAGAUGGUAGUUAUGCCUCUUUACGCAUCUCUUCCUCACUCACAGCAGCUCCGAGUGUUCCAGAAUGCACCCAAGGGUCAACGCAAGGUUAUACUGUCCACCAACAUAGCGGAAACUUCCAUAACAAUACCAGGAAUCAAGUAUGUGGUAGACACGGGCAUGGUAAAAGCAAAGAAAUACAACCCAGAAAGUGGUCUUGAGGUUUUAGCAGUGCAGAAGGUGUCAAAAGCUCAGGCCUGGCAGCGCACUGGACGAGCAGGGAGAGAGGACAGUGGAAUAUGCUAUCGUCUCUACAAAGAGGAGGAGUUUGAGAAAUUUGAGGAAAUGACUGUGCCAGAGAUACAAAGGUGUAACUUAGCCAGUGUAAUGCUGCAGCUUCUUGUCCUUAGAGUUCCAAAUGUUCACACUUUUGACUUUAUGUCAAAGCCAUCUCCAGAUUCCAUACAAGCAGCAAUUGACCAGCUGCAUCUCUUGGGUGCUGUGGAGAGGAAGGGGGAUCAAAUCGUCCUUACACCUUUGGGAAAGAAGAUGGCAGCAUUUCCUUUGGAACCUAAGUUCUCAAAGACCAUCCUUCUUUCUCCAAAAUUUCACUGUACUGAAGAGAUCCUGACUAUAGUCUCUCUGCUGUCAGUGGACAGCGUACUCCAUAACCCCGCUUCCAAACGUGAUGAGGUACAAGCUGCCAGGAAGAAGUUUAUCUCUAGCGAGGGUGACCACAUCACUUUGCUUAAUAUCUACAGGGCAUUCAAAAACCUGGGAAAAAACAAGGAUUGGUGCAGAGAAAAUUUCAUCAACGGUAGAAACAUGACUAUGGUUUUAGAGGUGCGCUCCCAGCUAAGGGACAUCUGUAUAAAGCUGUCAAUGCCAAUGGAAUCCUCGAGAACAGACACACGAAACAUCCGCCAGUGCUUGGCUCACGGUUUGUUUAUGCAUGCCGCUGAGCUGCAGCCAGAUGGAACUUACACUACGGUGGACACUCACCAGCCCAUUGCCAUUCACCCUUCUUCCAUUCUCUUCCAUUGCAAGCCAGCCUGUGUUGUCUACAAUGAACUGCUUCAUACCUCCAAGUGUUACAUGAGAGACCUGUGUGUUGUGGACGCAGACUGGCUCUUUGAGGCUGCCCCAGAUUAUUUUAGACGGAAGUUAAGAACUACCAAAAAAUAAACCUUUGUAACUCUUUGAUGUGUUCUCUUCAGUGCUACAGGUGUUACUGUAGGAAUAGGUAAACCAUCGAAUAGCAAGCUCAUCAGUAGUAUACCUGUAAAUUCAAAGUUGCAUUGCAGUCGUAGUGAAGGUGGUUUUAUUUAAGAGAAUCCUUUUCUUAAAAUCUUCAAAAUUAUUACUGCAGGGUACAUUAUAUAUUAUGUACACAAUACAUUAAGAAUUGUUGGACAGAUGGCCAAUAUAUAAUAUAUAUUCACGCUAUAAUAUGAUCUUUACUACAUUCACUCACUUAUACCUCAAGCAUAUUUUAUUUUUGUUUGUGUACUUGCCUUAAUGUUUUUAUAUUCCAGAAAAGCUAAUAGUACAUUUCAACCAAUAAUUUUCAACCACUUUUAAUUUUUUUUUAUUGUGCCUAUUAUAUUUUUGUUUUAUUAUCUGACAUGUACAGAACCAUAUUUAUGUUACAUUUUAACAUUUUUAUUUGCUGAACAUUCACUUUCUAUUAAUUACAUUCUGCAAUCUAUUGGUAUCAUAUGAAGUCAGAUUUAUUUUCUGUUCAAGACAGCUAAAUUGUACACACAGUUAUCAAACCUUAUCUUAUGUACUUUUGCAAGGAAAUUCCAAUGGAGCCACCCAGCUUGUGUUUGGUAUUGUGUAUCUUUUUAUGCUACUAAUAUUCAUGCAUACAAAUUUAAGAAUGUUGUUGUUAUUAUUAGUAAGAACAUGGCUAUUGGUGUUCUAGUAAAAUUAGCUUGAUAUAUGUUACACAAUAUGCACAUAUAGCGUGUUUAGCAGUCUUAUUCUUAGGCUGUUGCCAUCAUGGCGUGGAUGCUCUUGUAGUUUCCAAUCACUUGCAGCUGUGUGUGACUCAAGUGGCGCAGUCACUGAUCUGUAUAAGAGACCCCAGAACAGUGCAAGUGUGGAAGGAUUUACAUCCUAGUAUGACCAAUUCGCAUGGAUAAUUUCUGGCAAAUAUGUAAAAUUUCUCUUUUAGAGCACGUAUGAUACGCUGUAACCCAGGUUCUGGUAUUUCAUAGUGGGGGGGCUUGCAUUGGGUGUAUUGUUAGACGACUAUAAAAUACAGUGCUGGCUAUGUAUUGCCAACAGUGUAAUGCAAUGGUUAUAGAUCAUAAAGAACAAUGGCAGAACAGGGUGAACGAGAAAACUGUGAUAGCAUUUUAAAGAUAUACUAAUCAUGUUCCUAAAUUUCAAUAGAUAGCAAAAAGUAUAGUGUAGUCUAACCAUACUGGCACUGACCUUUUCAGGCCUUUUCGUAUGUAAUGUAUACAGAAGGGAUUCUUGACCAAAGUUGGAUCUUCAUGUUCCUUUUAAAUGGCAUAUCUUCCUACGAUAGAAGAAGUAUUGGCUUAUACAGUUGUCUGCCAGAUAUAAUUCGGAGCCACCCUGGGAAAAGGUUUUCCUUCCAAAUGAUUUUUUCUUUAAAGCAACGCUAUUACACAGUUUGAGAAAUACUGAUGUAGUGUAUAUCUUCCAAGAAGGGGUCCUAAAAGUUUCAAAAUAGCUUUAGAGGCCAUUGUUUUAAAAACUUUUAAGACUUAUUAAGCCUAUUUUAUCAAAAUCAUAAUUAUAUAUUAUAACUGGCUGAAUGUCUGCCUAACACUGGGUGAUUGUUUUGGCUCAGAUAGCAAAUUGCAAUGCAUGUGCUCUAGAUACAACAUACAAUAAAAGCACGUCAUUUCUCAGGGCUGGAAGGGAAGUGUAAUAUAGUUCUACAAUAUUUAGAUUUUUAUAUAGCAAAGGAAUAAUUUUUCUGUAAAUUGCUCUAUUCUUGCACUCUUGUUGGUCAAAAUAUUUAUAAAAGGAAUGGUCAAAUUUCAUUUGUGAGAAUAAAUAUAAGAAAUCUCUGGAAAGUAAAUCUCUGGAGUAAAAUUGUCAACCUAAAA